AUGAUUCCAAAACAACCAAAAUCAAAUAUUUUAAUAUUUUUAUUAGAGAAUAGUGAUCAUUUGGGAUUAUUAAAAUCAUUAAUUACAUUUUUACCAGGUAGAUAUGGUGAUUCUGAAUUGUUUAGUGAAGGUCUUUAUAGUGUAGCAAAUAUAUUGCAAUCAUAUUUAGAUUAUAGGUCAUCAGGAAUUCUAUUAUCAAAUAAUAUCGAUAAAAUAUCAAAUGGUGAAAAAGUACCACCACCCUAUUAUUUAACAACUUUACGUUGGAUUACAACAGUGCAAAGUUUAGAAUUAUUCUUUGAAAUGUUAGCAACAAAAAAAGGAGAACAACAUGACGAUAGUAAUAGUAAUAACAAUAAUAGUAAUAAUAAUAUUAAAAAGAUGAUAAUAUUUAUAAUUGAAUUAUUAAAAGCAAUUUUACGUUUAAAACUAUUAAUUAAAACAAAUGGUGAUAUGUUGGUACAUCAUUCAUUUUAUGUACCUUCAAAAGAUGUAAAAACAAUACUUGAAAAUAAUCGAAAUCAACAAAAACAAUUCCAAAAUAAAAGACCAGCUGUAACAAUGUCAAUAAAUAAUAAUAAUAAUAUUAAUAAUAAUGAUAAUAAUAAUAUUAAUAAUAAUAAUAAUACAAACGAUGAUAAUUUUAAUAAUAAUAAUAAUAAUAAUAAUAAUAGAAGAACAUUAUCAGAUCAAAUAUUUGAACAACAACGAAUUGUAAACCAAGAAAAUAAUUUAUUAUAUCAACAACAGAGAGAAUUACAACAAAACGAAUCAACAUUAAUUAAAUUAUUACCACCUCCACCACCAAAAGAUUAUAAUACAAAAACUAUUGGUGAGAUUUUAUUUAUAUUUAGACCUGUUAUUUAUUGGGUUUCAUAUUGUAUAUUUGGUAAAAAGUCUUGGAAACCAUGGUUUUUAUCAUUAGUUACUGAAUUAUUAAGCAAAUCAUUUUCAGAAUAUGGAAAUUUUAAACAGAAAAUACGAUUAACCUUAUUGGAAGCCAAAGAAUUGAAUAGAAGAAAGAAAUUACUUUUUUUCUAUUUAAUUAGAUCACCAUUCUAUGAAAAGUUUAUUGGUGAUGGUUUAUUAAACAAAUUUUUAAACUUUUUGAAAAAGAUUCAUAUCUUUAAAACAUUAAUUGAUAUUUUAAUUAACUAUUUAAAUGUCUAUAGAACAAGAUAUUUCUAUACAUCAGCUUCUUAA